GCGCGGCCGGCCCGGCCCCGCACCGACCCCCAUGCAGGACACCGAGGAGAGCCCGGCGGCCGCCGCGCCGCCCGACGCCCAGGGGCCCGGGGAGGAGCCCGAGCAGACGGACGGGCCCCCGCCGCCGGCGGAGCCGCAGCAGCAGCAGCAGGAGGAGGAGGAGGAGGAGGGAGAGGGGCAGGAAGAAGAAGGCGAGUCUGAGGCGCCGCCGGGGCCCCCCGAGCCGCCGCCGCCGCCCGCCGCCGAGGAGCCCGCCGCAGCCCCCGAGCCCGAGCAGCCGCCGCCUCGGCCGUCCUCGCCUCAGCCGCCGUCCGGCCGCGAAAGCCCCGAGAAGGCGGAGGCGAAGGCGGAGGCGGAGCCCGAGGCCGAGCCGCCGGCCGGGGCCGAGCCGGCGGCGGAGGCGGCCAAGACCGAGCCGGCGGCGGAGGCCGAGGCCGAGCCCGGCGCGGCGCAGGAGAAUGGGGAGGCCGCGCCCGCUGCCCCGGUCGAGCCCGAGGACGAGAUUUCCUUCAGCGACCCCGAGGACUUCGUGGACGACAUCAGCGACGAAGAAUUACUUGGUGAUGUGCUGAAAGAUCGGCCGCAGGAAGCAGAUGGAAUUGACUCAGUAAUCGUCGUGGAUAAUGUUCCCCAGGUUGGACCAGACCGACUUGAGAAACUGAAGAAUGUCAUCCACAAAAUAUUUUCAAAGUUUGGUAAAAUUAUCAAUGAAUUUUAUCCAGAAGCAGAUGGGAAGACAAAAGGGUACAUCUUUCUGGAGUACAUGUCUCCAUCUCAUGCAGUGGAUGCUGUGAAGAAUGCAGAUGGAUACAAACUGGAUAAACAGCACACUUUCAGAGUCAACCUUUUCACAGACUUUGAUAAGUACAUGACAAUCAGUGAUGAAUGGGAAAUCCCUGAGAAACAGCCGUUUAAGGAUUUGGGGAAUCUCCGAUACUGGUUGGAAGAUCCUGAUUGUAGGGAUCAGUACAGUGUGAUCUUUGAGUCAGGAGACCGGACCUCCAUUUUUUGGAAUGAUAUCAAGGAACCUGUUCAAAUUGAGGACAGAGCACGGUGGACAGAAACCUAUGUACGUUGGUCCCCAAAGGGUACCUACUUGGCUACAUUCCACCAGAGAGGCAUCGCACUUUGGGGUGGAGAGAAGUUCAAGCAGAUUCAAAGGUUUAGUCACCAGGGAGUGCAGCUUAUUGACUUCUCGCCCUGUGAAAGGUAUUUAGUGACCUUCAGCCCUUUGAUGGACACGCAGGAUGACCCUCAGGCUAUUAUCAUCUGGGAUAUUCUGACUGGGCAAAAGAAGCGAGGAUUCCACUGUGAAAACUCAGCUCACUGGCCUAUUUUUAAAUGGAGUCAUGAUGGUAAAUUCUUUGCUCGAAUGACUUCAGAUACGCUCAGCAUCUAUGAAACACCUUCUAUGGGUUUGUUGGACAAAAAAAGCUUGAAAAUCACUGGGAUAAGAGACUUCUCAUGGUCUCCAGGUGGUAACAUAAUUGCUUUCUGGGUGCCUGAGGACAAAGACAUCCCAGCAAGAGUGACUUUGAUGCAGCUGCCUUCUAGACAAGAAAUUCGUGUGCGGAAUUUGUUCAAUGUUGUAGAUUGUAAACUACACUGGCAGAAGAAUGGGGAUUACCUGUGUGUGAAGGUAGACAGGACUCCCAAAGGCACGCAGGGAGUAGUGACCAACUUUGAAAUAUUCCGAAUGAGAGAGAAACAGGUGCCAGUGGAUGUGGUGGAAAUGAAAGAAAGCAUCAUAGCCUUUGCUUGGGAACCAAAUGGAAGCAAGUUUGCUGUGUUGCAUGGAGAAACUCCACGAAUUUCAGUUUCCUUUUACCAUGUUAAAAACAAUGGGAAAAUAGAACUCAUAAAAACGUUUGACAAACAGCAGGCAAACACGAUAUUCUGGAGUCCUCAAGGGCAAUUUGUAGUGUUGGCUGGCCUCAGAAGCAUGAACGGUGCCUUAGCAUUUGUUGAUACAUCUGACUGCACCAUGAUGAAUAUUGCCGAACACUAUACAGCUUCAGAUGUGGAAUGGGAUCCUACGGGCAGAUACAUUGUGACUUCUGUGUCUUGGUGGAGCCACAAGGUGGACAAUGCAUAUUGGUUAUGGACCUUCCAAGGCCGUCUACUUCAGAAAAACAAUAAAGACAGGUUCUGUCAGCUUCUCUGGAGACCACGACCAACGACCUUGCUCAGUGAGGAUCAGAUAAAGCAAAUUAAGAAGGACCUGAAGAAGUACUCCAAGAUAUUUGAGCAGAAGGAUCGCCUGAGCCAGUCCAAAGCUUCAAAGGAGCUAGUGGAAAGGAGACGUACAAUGAUGGAAGAGUUCAGAAAGUACCGCAAAAUGGCACAAGAAUUGUACAUGGAGCAGAGGAACGAGCGUUUAGAGCUUCGAGGAGGGGUAGACACAGAUGAGCUGGACAGCAAUGUCGAUGACUGGGAGGAGGAAACUGUUGAAUUUUUUAUCAAUGAAGAAAUUAUUACCCUUGCAGAACCAGAGUAAUUAAUAAAACUGUGCACCACCAUAUCUUGUGCUGAAAAGAAGUUCGUUCAUUUUCAGAAAGCCUACAUCAACUUUGGAAUUUUUAAUACAUAUUCUUGCACUCUGGAAGGGUGGAUGCACCAGAUUUUCUCCAUUCUGACACAUUGUAGUGCCUUUAAGUCUUGCUGCCUGCUGCAGUGAGAUACUGGAAAGGCGCUGCUUUUAAAUUUUUAUUCUUUUGGGGGGGGGGGAUUUUUUUUUUCUUUUUAAAUUCACUACUACCAGUAUUUACUUCCUGGCUGCCGUACAGUACUUGCCAGCUGGCAGUUUUUGACUAUUGCCAGUGAGGUGAGAUUCAUCAGUGCACCUCUGUCUUACACACACACACACAUAUGAUGUUACUGUUUCAGGACUCUUUCUAUGUCCCGAGUGCAUGGACAGGUGUUCAUUUUGUCUGGGGAAAAGUCAACAGAACCAUUUUUCGUAUGAUGUGUUCUAGUGUGCUGAAGCAGCACUACAGUGGGCUAUAUCCUCCUCCUUUCAGAUUGUGAAAGGAUGUCUCCCUCAAAGAGCUGAAUAUGGAAAUAAAAGCAGACCUAUACUAAAA